AUGGCAUCUCUUUACACGAGCCCAGAAAAAGUAUUUGAUCCUCUGUCAACUCCAGCUCCAGACACAGUCCAGCGAACGAUGAGUGCUUGCAUAUUUACCAAUUCAGACCGCAAGGCUCACCAUAGAUCACAAAAUUCAGAAAGAAGAUAUACACAAAAUGCUCAGAAUUUUGAUGAAAUUUUAUCUGAAAGUUUCCUUUCGGCAAGCUCACAAAAAGAGGACGUAAUUGAAGUAAAAGCUGGGAAGCUAUUGGAUUUUAAGGAAAACGCAGUUCAGCAGCCUCCACAGCAUCAUAGGCAAGGAUCUCAUCAGCGAAAAAGAAGCAUUUGCAUAGUAGAAGAAAUCCCUGCUGACAAAUUAAUACAGGAAAUAGCUUCUCAAUCCCGAGUAAACAGCUAUAAUAAUUCAACUCGUAACACAAGUAAAGUCCCAAGUGAGGAUGGAUGAAGCAACCCAGGAAGCAGAAAUCAAAGCCCAAAGUAUCAUACGAGGCAUAUCAGCGAUGCUGAUUCAGUAAUUUAUAUGGGAUUUGGUGAUGAUUUAACCAAUUCCAGAACCUUUGGAAAUCAAAUAGAAAUUAAAAAAUCAAAUGUGAUUAUAAAUGAAGAAAUUACUGUGGUUAGCAAAAAUAUCAGAGAACUUGUCCAAAAUGACGAAAAUGCUGAAGAAAACCCAGUCAGUUUGAUGAAAAAGUCCAGACAAUCAUAUGAAAGGAACCCUUUACCGGUUUUAGGAAAUACACCAAGCUCAGUUUAUUGCACAUUUUGUAAGACAUAUGUACAUACCAAAAUCGAUUUUUUAAGUGGAAAAGUGCCAGGACCGCUUUUAAGGAUGGUUUCCUCUGUUUUUGCAUGCUGCCAGAUACCAUCAUGACUUAAUACAAUGAGAGUCCAUAGAUGUCCUAAUUGUACUUUAGUGCUAGCAAAGAGUAGGUAA